AUGGCUCGUCUCCUCCUCGUCGUCCUAGCGCUUCACCUCACCGCUGCCAGAGCCUUCGCCGCGUCAAGCGUCGGCGGCCGUAACGGAGACUUCGACCCCUCCCGCGUCGUCCAGCUCUCGUGGCACCCCAGAGCGUUCCUGCACAAGGGGUUCCUCUCGGACGCGGAGUGCGACCACAUGAUCGAGCUGGCGAAGGACAAGCUUGAGAAGUCGAUGGUGGCGGACAAUGAGUCGGGAAAGAGCGUCCAGAGCGAAGUGCGGACCAGCUCCGGCAUGUUUCUCGAGAAGAGGCAGGAUGAAGUAGUAGCAAGGAUAGAGGAGAGGAUUGCUGCUUGGACUUUCCUUCCGUCGGAGAAUGGCGAGUCCAUUCAAAUAUUACACUAUAAGAAUGGUGAGAAGUAUGAGCCACACUAUGAUUUCUUCCAUGACAAAAAUAACCAAGCUCUCGGUGGUCACCGAAUAGCAACAGUGCUCAUGUACCUGUCUAACAUUGAGAAGGGUGGAGAGACCAUCUUCCCUAACGCAGAGGGGAAGUUAACACAACACAAGGAUGAGACGGCAUCUGAGUGUGCUAGAAAUGGAUAUGCAGUAAAGCCCGUAAAAGGUGACGCCCUGCUGUUCUUCAGCCUCCACCCUGAUGCAACGACAGACCCUGACAGUUUGCACGGGAGCUGCCCCGUCAUCGAAGGCCAGAAGUGGUCCGCCACGAAAUGGAUCCAUGUGAGGUCCUUCGAAAACUCGGGCAAGCAGGGAGGCUCCGGUGACGGCUGCGAGGACGAGAAUGUCCUCUGCUCGCAGUGGGCUGCCGUUGGGGAGUGUGCCAAGAACCCCAACUAUAUGGUGGGCACCAAGGAAGCUCCUGGCUUCUGCAGGAAGAGCUGCAACGUCUGCGCGCAGUAA